UCUCAAGAAGUCGGCGUGAAAACCAUUGUUAUACUGGAUAAGCAGGGUGAGCAAUUGGACCGCAUUGAGGAGGGCAUGGACCAGAUCAACCAAGAUAUGAGGGAUGCAGAGAAGAAUCUGGAGGGGCUGGAGAAAUGUUGUGGUCUCUGUGUUCUUCCAUGGAAAAGGUCAAAAAAUUUUGAAAAGGGUUCAGACUAUAACAAGACAUGGAAAGCUUCAGAGGAUGGCAAAAUUAAUAGCAAUGGACCAAGACUUGUUGUGGACCAAGGCAGUGGUGGAGCGCCUACCGGGGGCUACAUCACAAGAUAUCAACUCAACUGUCAGCUGCUCACCUCUACUCUAAGCUUUUUCCAAAUCGGUAGUCAAAAUGAAAAACUGAACCAGGGAGGGUCUUUGAAUAUACGAGUGGACGAGGCAAACAAAAGAGCUAAUCGGAUACUUCGAAAUCAGUGA